CCAGCGCCGCCUGCCUGCUGCUCCUCUCCUCCCUGCUCCCCAGCCUCAGGGGUCUCAACAUUUGCACAAGGGGAAGUGCUGCCUCCUGUGAAGAGUGCCUGCUCAUUCAUCCAAAAUGUGCUUGGUGUUCCAAAGAGGAAUUUGGCAGCACAAAGUUCAUCACCUCGAGGUGUGACUUCGUAGAAAACCUGAAUACGAAUGGCUGUGCAGGAGAAAUUGAGACUAAAAAAAGCAGCAUUCACAUAGUGGAGAAUCUGCCUCUAAGCAGCAAGGGCUCCAGCUCCACCCUUUCCGACGUGACACAAAUAAUGCCUCAGAAGAUCUCAUUGAAUCUGCGGCCUGGUGACAAGACUUCCUUCCGAGUGCAGGUUCGUCAGGUAGAAGACUAUCCUGUGGAUUUGUAUUACUUGAUGGAUCUCUCCCUAUCCAUGAAAGAUGACCUGGAUAACAUUCGGAAUCUGGGAACCAAGCUGGCUGAGGAGAUGAGAAAGCUCACUAGCAAUUUCCGGCUGGGGUUUGGAUCGUUUGUGGACAAAAAUAUUUCUCCUUUCUCCUACACAGCUCCGCGAUAUCAAAACAAUCCCUGCAUUGGUUACAAGUUAUUUCCAAACUGUGUCCCAUCCUUUGGAUUCCGCCAUCUCUUGUCCCUCACGGAUAAAGUCGACAGUUUCAAUGAAGAAGUUCAGAAACAGAGGGUCUCUCGGAACAGAGAUGCUCCCGAAGGUGGUUUUGAUGCAAUCCUGCAGGCUGCUGUGUGUAAGGAAAAGAUUGGCUGGAGGAAAGAGGCCUCUCACUUGCUGGUCUUCACGACGGACGACGUGCCGCACAUAGCACUGGACGGGAAGCUCGGCGGACUGGUCCAGCCGCAUGAUGGCCAGUGUCACCUAAAUGAGGCGAACGAAUACAGUGCAUCCAACCAACUGGAUUAUCCUUCCCUGGCACUUCUUGGAGAGAAGCUGGCUGAAAACAACAUCCACCUCAUUUUUGCUGUGACAAAAGCUCAUUAUUUUCUUUACAAGAAUUUUACAGCACUAAUUCCUGGAACGACGGUGGAGAUUUUACUUCAAGACUCCAACAAUAUUAUUCAGUUGAUAGUCAAGGCAUAUAAUAGUAUUCGGUCUAAAGUGGAACUAACUGUAUGGGACAAUCCUGAGGAUGUCAGCCUAACCUUCACAGCUACGUGCCAAGAUGGCUUGUUGUAUCCUGGAGUCAGGAAGUGUGCAGAUCUCCAAAUAGGAGACACAGUUUCCUUUGAGGUUUCUGUAGAAGCUCGGAGCUGCCCUGCCGAGACAACCUCGCACACUUUUACCAUCAAGCCAGCAGGGUUCCGGGACACCUUGGAAGUGGAGGUCACGUACAACUGCACUUGCGGAUGUACGACGUGGCUAGAACGGAACAGCAGCAAGUGCAGUGGGAAUGGGACUUACACCUGUGGACUAUGUGAAUGUGACUCAGGCUAUUUGGGAGCCAAGUGUGAAUGUGAAGAGGGAGAGAGCGGGAACAUGUACCAGAACCUGUGCCGGGAGGCUGAAGGCAAACCUGUCUGCAGUGGCAGGGGGGAAUGCAGCUGCAACCACUGUGUCUGCUACAAGAGUGAGUUUGGAAAGAUCUACGGGUUGUUCUGCGAGUGCGAUGACUUCUCCUGUGCCCGAUACAAGGGUGUCCUCUGUUCAGGCCAUGGAGAGUGUCACUGUGGGGAGUGCAAGUGUCACGCUGGUUACAUUGGAGACAACUGCAACUGCUCGACAGAGACUAACCGCUGCCUUUCGAAUGACAGUCAGAUGUGCAGCGGCAGAGGCAACUGUGUCUGUGGGAAAUGCCAAUGCACGGAGCCCGGAGCCUUUGGAGAGACGUGCGAGAAAUGUCCUACCUGCCCAGGUGUCUGCAGCACUAAAAGGGACUGCAUUGAGUGUAUGUUAUAUAGCUCAGGAAGACUGGCUGACAACCAAACCUGCCAGAAACACUGCAAGGAUGAGAUUAUUUCACGCGUGGAUGUCCUCAAAACGGAUGACCAGCAUUCGGUCCUAUGUGUCUACCCCGUGAAUGACUGUGUGAUGAAGUUCACCUACUCGGAACUUCCCAGCGGAAAGUCCAAUCUCACCGUCCUCAAAGAGCCAGAGUGCGGCUCUGCACCUAACGCCCUGACCAUCUUGCUAGCCGUAGUGGGCAGUAUCUUGCUGAUAGGAAUUGUCCUCCUGGCUGUCUGGAAGCUGCUUGUCACCAUUCACGACCGGCGGGAGUUUGCCAGAUUCCAAAGCGAACGUUCCCGGGCGAGAUACGAAAUGGCAUCCAAUCCUCUUUACCGAAAGCCUAUUUCUACGCAUAGCUUAGAUUUCACAUUCAACAAGCUGAGCAAAUCUUAUAAUGGUACGGUUGAUUGACUGCAUAUUAGCAAUCUGUUGCAAGCAGAACUGAAAUGCUGUGGACAAUUGCUUGACUUUGUGUCUGCUUCCUGACUUGAAGCUGGAAUCCUUUUCAGAGGAGAACACUCAGAGUGCAAGACCGACUGUUGACAGAAGGCUGAUGUUUGCACAGGAAAGACAUGGCACAGCAGGGCACGGUACUGUAUGAUUCCUGAAUGCAAAGACAUGCUCCUGGACACAUUUUUGUGCUCAUUGACUGAGGUGUGUGGAACUCCUCAUACCCCCCGGCUUUUUGGAUAACUUCAACCUGCCAGCUCCGCAAAACAAGUGCCAUAUUGCAGCUUCAGACAUAUACCAGUGUAAGGGGUGGUGAUUGGGCCAAAUUCAGGGGAGACCGCACCAUCGCAAGUCUUUAGGGGGAAAUUAGCUUAAAAGGGGGGCGUUGGAAGCAGUUGUGUUUUUUUUAAAAAAAAA